GUCAGUGUCAGUGGAGCAGCGACAGGCAGGGAAAUCCCUCAGACCCAGUAGGUCCAGUGUCUCCAGUCAGGACUGCCGCUUCGCUUUCUGGCUCGGCACUGACAAGCGCAGACCGUUCACUUCGGACUGAGGAACGAGCCCGAACACAGCAGGAAGCUGUUGCAUUGAUUUGUGUUUUAUAUAUAUUUAUAUAUAUAUAGAGAGAGAGAGAGGAGGAACGCGAUGGCAGAUGCAAGUUUUAACGAGUCGUUCACCGCGGACGUAGCGAACAGGUUUGCUCGAAAAGGUGCUCUGAGGCAAAAGAACGUCCACGAAGUGAAGGACCACAAAUUCAUCGCCAGGUUCUUCAAGCAGCCGACUUUCUGCAGCCACUGCACCGACUUCAUCUGGGGGUUUGGAAAGCAAGGAUUCCAGUGCCAAGUUUGCUGUUUUGUGGUCCACAAGAGGUGCCAUGAAUUGGUCACGUUCUCCUGCCCGGGGGCAGAUAAGGGGCCCGACACAGACGAUCCCAGAACGAAGCAUAAGUUCAAGAUCCACACCUAUGGGAGCCCCACCUUCUGCGAUCACUGCGGCUCUCUGCUCUACGGUCUCAUCCACCAGGGCAUGAAGUGUGACUCCUGCGACAUGAACGUCCACAAGCAGUGCGUCAUGAACGUGCCCAGCCUCUGCGGAACAGAUCACACCGAAAGAAGAGGCCGCCUUUACCUGAAGUGUGUGGUCACCGGGGAUAAGCUGGAGGUCAAAGUUGUUGAAGGCAAAAACCUCAUUCCCAUGGAUCCCAACGGCCUCUCCGAUCCGUACGUCAAACUCAAGCUCAUACCGGAUCCUAAAAACGAGACCAAGCAGAAGACCAAAAGAAUAUACUCCAACCUCAACCCCAGAUGGGACGAGACCAUAGUUUUCAAGCUGAAGCCUUCGGACAAAGAUCGCAGGCUGUCUGUAGAAGUGUGGGACUGGGAUCGGACCACCAGGAACGACUUCAUGGGAUCCCUUUCCUUUGGCGUGUCAGAGCUCAUGAAGUCUCCUGCCUGCGGCUGGUUCAAGUUAUUGUGUCAGGAGGAGGGGGAGUACUACAACGUCCCCAUCUCUGUGGAGGAUGAUGGAAACGACGAAUUGAGGAAGAAAUUUGAGGACUGCCAAAAUAACUGUAAUCUGAAGGAAGCCAAGUUAGGCCCGGGAAAGAAGAUGAUCUCAGAGACGGACGACGGCCGCCCCAGCAGCUACCCUUCCAACAGCCUGGACCAGGUCAAGCUAAGUGACUUUAGCUUUCUGGCGGUGCUGGGUAAAGGCAGCUUUGGAAAGGUUAUGCUAGCAGAGAUGAAGGCCACAGAAGAGCUUUACGCCAUUAAGAUCCUGAAGAAGGACGUGGUGAUCCAGGAUGACGAUGUGGAGUGUACGAUGGUGGAGAAGAGAGUCCUGGCCCAGCAGGACAAGCCGCCCUUCCUCACGCAGCUCCACUCGUGCUUCCAGACCGUGGACCGGCUGUAUUUCGUCAUGGAGUAUGUGAACGGUGGAGAUCUCAUGUACCACAUCCAGCAAGUGGGCAAGUUCAAGGAACCCCAAGCAGUAUUCUAUGCAGCAGAGAUUGCUGUGGGAUUAUUCUUCCUGCAUCUUCAAGGAGUCAUUUACAGGGAUCUGAAGUUGGACAACGUAAUGCUGGACUCAGAGGGACACAUUAAGAUCGCCGACUUCGGCAUGUGUAAAGAGAACAUGGCAGAGGGCGUGUUCACACGAACCUUCUGCGGCACUCCGGACUACAUCGCUCCAGAGAUCAUUUCGUAUCAGCCGUACGGACGCUCCGUAGACUGGUGGGCGUAUGGAGUUCUGCUUUACGAAAUGCUGGCAGGACAGCCUCCAUUUGAUGGUGAGGACGAAGACGAGCUGUUCCAGUCCAUCAUGGAGCACAACGUCUCCUACCCAAAGUCCAUGUCCAAAGAAGCCGUCUCCAUCUGCAAAGGGCUGAUGAACAAACAACCAGCAAAGCGUUUGGGCUGCGGCGCCGAAGGAGAGCGGGACAUCAGAGAACACGCCUUCUUCAGACGGAUCGACUGGGAGCGCCUGGAGAACAGAGAGAUACAGCCGCCCUUCAAGCCCAAAGUGGGCCCCACCUCCUCCGAUAAGUGUGGCAAAGGGGCGGAGAACUUCGACAAGUUCUUCACGCGUACCCAACCCCAGCUCACGCCGCCCGACGAGCUGGUGAUAGCCAACAUCGACCAGGCCGAGUUCGCAGGAUUCUCCUUCAUCAACCCUCAGUUCGUUCACCCGUCGAUCGUCAACAGCGAAUGAGGAGGAGGAGGAGUAGGAUGGUAGAGUCUCUGACGAAGAUCCCUGCUCACUGCCGCCUACCUAACCAACCGUCGACGAAAUCCAACUAGAGCCUCGAGUCCCACAGUUGAUCCCAAUGUGUUGGUGUUCUUCCUAAGCAGGAGUCUAGGGCAUGCACAUUUACUUUGUACAUCUUUUUUUUUUUUUUCUUGCCAGUACAGAAUAUGAAUUGAAUAGACUAGAUUGGUUUCGGUCACCAUAAGACAUCAUUUUUUUUGUUAGUUUUUUUUUACUAAUUAUGAGCAUGCACUGUAGGACGACGUGUCUCUGUAACCUGGGAGGCGUUCAAACAAGGAAGGGUGCCAGGCUUUAUUAAUCUAUGCCAGUAUAUGAUUUAGAAAACAAAAUAUGUUUACAAGCCUCAGUGGAUUCAAAUGGUGUCAAUAGAUCUGCAGCGCCGCGCAAAAGGAAGUCACACCGCUUGAAUUUUUUCAGAUUUCUUUCCGCAGCAACCACAAGCUUCGACGGAUUUCGGCGAGUCCAAAGCAACCAGUCGGGAUGAAAAUAUGUGAUUUUAAAAUAGUUUUUUUCUAAUUUAAAAAUCUGAAAACGCAGUUUGAAAAAUUUUCAAAUUCUCCGAAGGUUCUUAAUGAGAUUCUAGGUGCUAUAUUUCGCUUCAUCCAUCUUCCCAUCGACUCCGACCAGCUUCCUUGUUCAGCUGAAGAGACGCAUUCCCACAGCAUGACGGUGUCACCGCCGUAUUCUGCUGUGGAGACGGUGUGUUCAGGGUGCUAGUUUUCAGACACACGCAGCAUUUUGUAAUGAACAUAGAUCUAUAGAUCUCACCACACUCGGGUAUCCUAAAAAUAAAAUAAAAAGUCUGUGUGAAAUCCAGUGAAGUUUGUGGUUGUAACAGGAAAGAUGUGCAAAAUUUCUUGGGGUUAGUACAUACUUUUGAUAAGGCACUGUAGCUGGUGAUUUUAUUUUAUUAUUUUUUAGGUAAUCAGAAUACGCAUAUAUCAGGCAGUUUAGAUGCUAUAGCCAAAUAUGAAGGAUGGGUGGUGCAGGCGUUGAAACAGCACCUGGUUAUUAAAUGUGUCCUGUGUCAUUUUUCUGGGUGUCUGCUUGUUUACUUUAAAUGGUGACGGUGUGGGAUUCAAUUUCAGUUUCUUUCUUUCUUUUCUUUUUUUUUUUUUUGCCAUCCCAAGCUCAACUGAUAUACAUCUGUAGCAAAUCAACUAAAAAAAUGAAUAACAACAUUAUGACAUUUAGACACGGAAAGGGAUGUUCCCAGUUCGUAAAACUCGACUUUAGGCACUGAUGAUGAAAUAAUGUGCGUAGCUACUGCCCCCUCAUGAAUCCCCUUGAGGAUGAGAUCAAUUUGAUUCAGCUUUAGUUUAGUUUAGUUUAGUUUAGUUUAGUUUAGUUUAGUUUAGUUUAGUUUAGUUUGCACAAAUCUCUCAUGAAACCUGAAUAAGUUCAUUCAUUUUUCAACACUAGUUACUGUUUAAAUUCUCGUUCGCCAUAAAUAUCUAAGCAGACGCAGUGAGGAUAUUUUCAAAGUUGUUUUCCAAACUUUGCUGUGACAAAAACUGAACAUAAUUGUUGAAAACUUGUUGCUUUUAUGCUGUAACAUAUCAGUAGGUUUGCUUACUUUACCCACAUUUUUAGCUCAGACUAAUGGAUUAAUCAAAGAAAGAAUCGGNGUGUACCUUCUCUGUACAUAGUUUUUAACCAUUUUAAAUACGUAUGAAUUGCAUUUUUUUUAUACCAACACAUGCAUACAUUUCUGUUUGUUACCUGAGUCGGUAAAGCCAAUAUCUGUCUGUAUGAGAGUUUGACGCCGAUCGGCUGGAUGAGUUUAACAGGUUGUGGCUAAAGAAAUCUGUUGUACUUGUUUUGUUUUAUUGCUUUUAUUUGUCAAACUUUUUCUGUUUCUUAAGUACUUCUCAGAAAUGUUGACUGCAGGUUUGCUUGGAUUGGAUGCAUUUCCUAGUUGUUGAACGUCCUGGGUGUGCAUGCGGUUUAACGAGCAACAUUCUUGCAUGGCAUCUCAGUGCUGCAUGCUGCAAGAGGAGAAUUUCCAACUUUUAAUCCGACACUCAAGCGCUCUCGUCCUUUUUGUCCCUUUGCCAUUUUGUACUUUUGAAGUUUCUGUGUUUCACUACCAGACUUUUCCAAGAGCAAGGGGCCAUCCGCCGUCUGAUACCCGGAGUUUAUCAAAACACUUCGCUACCAGGAGAAAAACUGGUGCCUUGUGCGUGCGAGGACUAAGGCAAACGUAGAGGACUACGGAAAAUGAUACAAGUUUUACGUGUGUGGGGUCGGUUGGACCCCAUUUCUACAUACAAGGGUUAAUGUUUAAAUACAUGAGUGAGAAAGGUUUGUGUCUCAAAAUAAAGUGGGAGUAAAUUGGAAAAACAUUACGACACGUUGCAAAACGGAGGUACUUAUUGGCAAAGGGACAAGUCGUUUUAGACGCACUUAUUUGAAAUUCUUUAAAUAAAAGUUUUAUCCAAAGAAGUAUUUUAAGACAGGUUUAUAGAUUUUUACUGUUGUUAUAGGUGGAAGAAAUGGUGAUUUAAAAUGUUUUUCUGUAGUUGUUGAGUUGUUCCUAAUUUGUUUCACAUCUUCUGUGUCUGUAUAUUUUGAUUUGUUUGGAGACCCUCUGUUGAGCGCAUGCAGAUCUGUCUUAAAAACACAUAUGUAGCCCGUUAAUCUGAUUGAUGUCGCACUGAGAAGGUGCGGAGCGGCAAAUUUAGGGAUUAUUGAGACGGUAAAUCUGUUUAGCAGAUCUCUGAGCAGGUAAGCGCCAAGUGAGAUUGGAAAGCGAAGUGAAAGCAACGACUUUGCCAGAAAUAUUAUGUAAUGUUGAUAGCUAGAGGCUGAUCAGUAAGAAAAGUGUUGUUUCUUUUAGUGGUUAGAUUUAAUUAGAUGACACCAAUAUGGAAACUAAUGGCAGAAAUCAUGUUGCUGGUUUUUGGUCUGGAGCUCCUUAUAGUACAAAUAUAUGGAAACACAACAAGCCUGACCAAUUUUGUUGGCCUGGACAUUUUUGCGAUAAACAAUAGUGUCAUUUUGAGACCAUUCUCAACAAAUAUAGUAAUAAUGACAUAAUAAUGCCAGUCCAUCCACUGAAAAAUGACGGAAAAAAAACAUUCAAUUUCAAUUCGACACUGGAACUGGAAAGCAUUUUAAAUAUCCAAAAAUAAAGCAAAACAAUUGAAACUAUAAUAACUAAAAUGGAUUUUGGAGUUAAAAAAAAUAACAGCCAUUCAGCUUCAACAGGGAAAACAGGCACAAGAGGCAGACUAACUACUUCUUACUGGGUGUCAACUGUUUAUUCUCAAAAUGGCGGCUUUUCAACGACAUUCAAGGGAAGCCUCUAUAUGACGAUUGAUGUCCAAAUGGAAAUGACCACACUCGUUUUAAUUUAUCAUGUGAAUAACUGAUUUAUUGCUUAUGGUGACCGGCCUAACCACAAUAUGGCACCUGGUUGAUUUGCGUUGGUGAAUAGAACAACAAAUCCAAAAUAAAUGUGUAGCUGCGACUUAAAAAACCUGAUUAUUCCCAGAUGAUGGAGGAGGGUUUUUUUUUUGUUGUUUAAAGCAACUGCUGUUUACAUUUUCAUCAGUUUAUUCCUCCGUUUUAUGCUCAAAGGACACAUCUGAUACUUGGGAAUGCAGCUGAGUACUUCUUGAGUUGCACACAGACGCAUCAGGGCUUUCCAAAUUCCGACGAGAAAUAAUUUUUCCGCCCACCUGGCGCCCGCUCUAGCACGGCGCCCCUUUGUGUUGCACCCACUCACUGCUGAUACUGAUAAAAACAUUUUUCUUACGCCUCCCUGCGUUCUACAACCCUUCUGCACGUGCCAAACAUGGGAAAACAGCAGAACCCAACUACAGAUGCAGACAGACCGGUGACGCUCUUUAGCAGCUUCUGACUUGACCACAAAACGUAUCGCAGUGAGUCGCCAUUGGUGCAUUUCAGUACGAGUAGCAGUGCCAGUCGGACGGUCGGGUCCUCGUCUAUACAGCAGGAGGAGAAUCAGCUUAAGUGUUUAAUUUUAGCCUCUGCAGUCGGUUACAGUGAAAGAAGAUCAAAUAUUCAUUGUACAUACUGUCUCUGCCCUGUAUGUGUCCUAGACUAGCUUCUUCCCUUCAACAAAAUGUCUGAACGUCUCGUAGUUUAAGACAUUCAGGGGCGUCACAAUAUCUAAUCUUUCCUUGUGUGCCUUCCCCCCCGCUUGUAAAGAUGCAACAUGUUUAGCUUUCCCCCCCAAAUUUUGUUUUUUAUUCAAUUCUACACCUAUUUUUUCUUAAAUAACGAAGAUUAAUUUACUUUUUUUAAGCUACUUUGCUCCACGCUUCUCUCAUUGCUUAUUCCUGUAAAUGUGAAUGUUUUUUUCCCCCUACACCUCAUUUUCUGUAAUUAACCUUUAGAUUUUAAGAAAGGAAAAACUGGAGUAAUUCUCGUACGUCUGCUCGCGUCCCCUUUACCGCCCUGCGACCGCCACGGAGUGAAAAUCACCUGAGUCAGUAAACGCCUCAGCGACGUGAAAUGACGGCGUAUUUGACGGAGGAGUACGCGUGCGACGUGUUGAACGAUGUUUUCUGAUGGUGAGGUUUGUAUCAGCCCCUGUGCCUUGUCACGACGAUCCACUUCUUCUCCCUAAUCUAGUCAAAUCUAUCACUGUUAUCGUUGGUUUUCUUGACUUUUUUUUCCACGAAAUUCCAGAUCAGGAAACUCGAUUUCCCUCGAACGGCGGCAAUUAUCAGCAUUCUUCUUCCUUUUCAUUCUCAUUUUACAUUUAGACUGUCGUAACGUUUUAGAGCCGAUUUAGAAAAUUUUGACUUACCAGAAGUUACAGAGGAACAUAUGUUGUUUUAUAUUUGGGUGUAUAACAUUCGAAUGAGGGUUUUCUUUCUUUUAGUCAGAAACUUCAAAUAAACCCUUCCUGGCGAAUGAUGGGUACCGAUUUUCUGAAUCGGUAAAGUACAAGGAUGCCUUAUAUCUGAACUUACAGAGCCACAUUUCCGCCUACUUGUUCCGUGUUAUUUUAUAAUCGCUGCAUACCUGUCCUUGUAUAUAAAUAAUUUACAGUAGGUAUCUACAAAAGACUGUAAAAGAGAGCGAACAUCUUGUAUUUUGCAAAUGGUGUACGUUUUAUUUUUCUUCUUUUUUUCCAUUGUUAUAGCCUGAGACCUUUAACAUAAGUCUGAGCUACUUAACCUUGUAACAGAUUGUGUCAUUUGUACCUAAUGUAUGAUAAUGCAAAUAAACAAAAAGGCAAAAUGAG